GCCGUGGUUAGUCCCCGAAGCGCCAUGUAUUAAAAUCCCGUGUUUAACUGGCGAAACUAAUAUUCAGCGACAUCACACGGUGAAAUAUGGAAUCAUAGAACUUAAUGGGACCAUGGGCUUCCGGCACUAUGUAGUAUUCGAUAGAAUCCUUGCACGCCUAGUGCACGCCUUGCUACAUGCAUGGGGCCAGCCUCGCUUUCCGCUUGGUCGCAAAAUUUGAUGUGAAGUGUACAGCUAGUUUACACCAGUUUACAAAUUGACCUCAACUGCGACUCUCAAGUGUACAACGCCUUCGUAACACGCGCGUUCAUGCGCUUCAUAACACUACACGAGAUUUAUAAUCAUCCUCUUCCGAGAUCAGUUCGUCAGUGUUUCAAUCGCAUUUAAUCAUAUGAACUUUUAAGUAUGUCAUUCAAAAGAGAAGGUGACAAUGAAGCUUUGCUUCAUAACUUGAAGAUGCGUCGUGUUGGCGAGUUGUUAAGUGAGCACAUUCCCGAAGAUGAGGCAAAGCUUCUAAGCAAUGGAAGGUUGACAUGCUUGAUCUGCAGCCAUCGACCAAUAUUUGAUACAUGUGCAGUCUUAGCGAAUCAUCGUAAGGGGAAGAAACAUAUUGUUGAACUUGGGAAAUUUUUACAACAUAAGAGAGAAUUGGCGCUGAAAAAAUUAAAGAGCGACCAUUUACAGUAUUUAUAUGAUAAUGAAAUAAUAAAUACAGGCAGUACUAGAAAGUCGCAAAGUAGAUUUUCACGCAAACCUAUCAUCAGCAUCCCAACAUUGCAUGGAGAUUUAAUUACAGAUCCAACUGAAGUAAAUUCCAAACCCCAGUAUAUGCCUUCUCCUUCAAGCCAAGUACGCCAUUACCUGAAAGAACUACAAAGGAAACGUGCACUGCAGAAAACGGUGGAAAAAUGCAGAGAAAACUACAUGCUUCAGUCUUCUGUUGUUCCACAAAACUCUGGGAGCAAUGCAAAUAGUUUACCAAACAGUGUUCAUGAUCAUAAAAAAGCUACCAACUCCGAAGAUUCUAAGAGGGAUUUACAGUUACGAAUGUCUGGGUGGAUCAAGUCGUCUGAAGGCAAGUGGGUGAAGGACCCUGCUGCUGAAUUUGAUUCUGACGAAGAGUCUCCUGAAGAGUCGGUGCAAAGUGGAAACGUGAACCCCUGAGGACACCAUUUAUUGUACGGAUCCAACAUUUACUGGAUUUAAUUCAUUGAAUGAUGAGAUAACAUCAAUAUGUAGUGUGUUAUCAUUAAUAUUGUAAUAUGAAUGCCAAUGUACAGAAUUCCAUGUAACUUUCUAUGUAAGAUAUUUUUACGAUGUAUUAAAAACAUGCCUACCAUUUAAUAAAAAGAGUAAGUUUUGUAGGGGACACCGGGUCCAUGUCAUCAAUGAUUUUUCAAUUUGCUUCAUUUAAAGAACAUACAUUCGAAU